AUGGAUUUAGUUAACCACUUGAACGACAGACUAUUGUUUGCGAUCCCUAAGAAGGGCCGUCUGUAUGAAAAGGCAGUUUCGAUCCUGAAAGGAUCUGACAUCAGAUUCCACCGCUCCCAGAGACUAGAUAUUGCUCUUUCCACCAACAUGCCUAUCGCCUUGAUCUUCCUGCCCGCUGCCGACAUUCCUAUGUUUGUAGGCGAAGGUAAGUGUGAUUUGGGUAUCACGGGCGUGGACCAGGUGAAGGAGUCGCAAGUCGAUGUCCUGUUGCCAAUGGACCUGCAGUUCGGCGCUUGCAAGCUUCAAGUGCAGGUUCCUGAGGCGGGGCCUUACCAAAAGCCAGAACAGCUGAUCGGCAAGACAAUCGUGUCCAGUUUCACCCAGCUGACCAAGGAAUACUUCGCCGAACUCGAAGGCGUGCCAAUCGACCAGAUCACCACUAAAAUCAGAUACGUCGGCGGCUCCGUCGAGGCUUCUUGCGCGCUAGGUAUUGCCGACGCCAUAGUCGACUUGGUCGAAUCCGGCGAGACCAUGCGUGCUGCAGGUCUUAAGGACAUUGCCACCGUGUUGGAGACCAGCGCACACUUGAUAGAGUCCAAGAACCCUAAGGGCGACACUGAGCUUUUACAGACAAUCAAGUCCAGAAUUGAAGGUGUGAUGACUGCUCAAAAAUACGUUUCGUGUAACUACAACGUGCCUGUGUCUUGUCUACCUCAGGUCCUCAAGAUCACGCCAGGAAGAAGAGCCCCUACCAUCUCGAAGAUAGACGACGAGGGCUGGGUUGCUGUUUCUGCCAUGAUUGACAGGAAGCAGAAGGGUACGAUCAUGGACGACCUGAAGAAGAACGGCGCUGCCGACAUCAUGGUGUUUGAGAUUUCCAACUGCCGUGUGUAA